GGAACGAAACUUAAAAUAAUUCAUUCAUUAUUUCUUUCUUAUUGAUUACAUUAUGUCCAAUCUUCGAUAUGAAUUAAUUUAUGCAAUAACUAAUAGAGCAAUAAUAUUAACAGAUGGUAAUAUUUACAAUAAUAUACACAAACAAUUUGAAUUUCAAAAACAAACAGUCCUUGCUGAUAAAAUUCUUACAAAUGAUGAAAAAACUUAUGCAAUAAGAAGGUUAACUAAAAUUUAUGAUCGAAAUAAAGUUAUGGAUGAUGAUGGUACAAGAAGAAUUUGUGAAAAUUGUAACCAAGAAUGUUUAGCCACAUUAUAUUGUGAAUAUUGUGUCCGAAAUUAUUUAAAAGAAAAUUUUUUAAAUUGGACAUCUAAAAAUAAUGAUAUUGAUGAUUUAAUACAGAAAUGUCAAAUGGAAUCACUCAUGCCAAAUGUGGUAGUUGAAUGGAUCCCAUAUAGUAAUUUAAAAAAUAUUGAAUAUUUAACAAAAGGGGGAUUCUCAGAAAUUUAUACAGCAUAUUGGAUUAAUGGAAGAUAUGAAGAAUGGGAUUCUGAAAAAAAACAAUUAGAAAGGGUUAAAAGACCUGGAGUACAAAAUCUAGCUGAGGAAGUGGUACUUAAAACGUUAGAAAAUGUCGAAAGUGCAAAUCAAAGUUGGUUUGAAGAGGCUAAAUCACAUUUAACUAUAAGUAAUAAAUGGGGGAGUGUUGUUCGAUGUCAUGGUUUAACGCAAAAUCCAUCAAAUGGAAAUUAUAUGCUUGUAAUGUCGAAACUUGAUAUAGAUUUAAGAAAAUAUUUACAACAAAAUCAUAAUCAACUUACAUGGAAAAAGAGAAUUAAUAUUACUUAUGAAAUAAUCAAUGCAAUUUAUCAUAUUCAUUUUGAGAAAGCAAUUCAUAGAGAUUUACAUUCCGGAAAUAUAUUAUUUUCACAGUUAGAUGAUAAUUGGUGUAUAAGUGAUCUUGGAUUUUGUGGACCUGCUGAUAAAUCUUCAACAAGUAUAUAUGGAAAUCUUCCUUACAUAGCACCCGAAGUAAUUAUUGAAAGAGAAUAUACUUAUGCAUCUGAUAUUUAUAGUAUUGCAAUUCUUAUGUGGGAAAUUUCAUCUGGACAACCACCAUUUAUAAAUUAUGAACAUGAAAAUGAUAUUGUAAUGAAUAUUAUUAACGGUAUAAGAACAAAAAUAGUGCCAGGAACACCAUUAGAAUAUAAAAAUUUAAUAAAAGAAUGUUGGGAUGCUGAUCCAUUAAAAAGACCUACCGCUUAUAAACUUAUGAGAAGAAUAAGCAGAAUUCAUUUAGAUUAUCAAAAUAUGUCAGAUGAUUUAUUCAAAUCAGAAAAAAAUAAUUUAGAAAUGAAUAAAGUAGAAGAAAAUUAUACGAGUAGCAGAUUAUUCACAAGUAAAAUCCACAACUUUGGAAAUCUACCUGAACCAAAAAAUGCAACAGAAGAAGAACAAGAAGGGUUUCAUAGUAAAUUGUAUGAUUUUAACAUUCCUAACAAUAUUAAUGAUUUUAAUAAAUCAAAUAAGCGAAAUAGCAAAUCAUCAAAAGUAAUUACUAUUUUUAGAGGAGAUAGUGAAAAAUUAUCCAAAGAAUUUAAAAAGUUGCAAAUAAAUUCAAAUAAUGAUGAAAAGAAAAUAACUCAACAACAUGUCGAUGGUAGGUGAAAAUUUUACGUAAUAACAAAUAAUUUUUAUAUUAUUUUAAGUAUAUUUAUUUUCUUAUAGAUGAUGACGAAGUAUAUAAUAAUCCAAAUCUUCAUUCAGAAGAACAAGAUGAACUGGAAAUUCCUGAUGAUGGAUUUUGAAUUGUCUUUUAACAAUAUAUUUUUUUAUAUUUUAAAUUAUUAUCAUUUAUUUAUUUAUCUAUCUAUUUAUUUUUCUUGGGUUAUUUAAACACUAAGACUAGAGUAGUAAAUGUUUUACAAAAUUCUUAGUUUGUAAUUUAAAUAAUUUUAAUAAAUUUAUUCAAAUUAUUAAAUGUAUUUA